AGAGAUAGAAAUACGCGAUCGUAGAGGGGAUACAAAAUGUCUGCAGAUCUCAAUAUGUUUACUAGCAAACGUUUACAUGCAACGUGACAUGCUUGACAUCGUACAAGAAAUGACUGAUGAAAUGAUAGAAAAGUCGUGGCGUGAUGGCCGUAUCCUUUAAUCGGUAUCUUAUUUUACCGGAAAUCGAUACAAGUGAUUUCAAAGUAUCACAGGAAAAUAGACAUAAAUAUACGGAUGAUAAUAAUACAAGGAAUUUGUCUAAUGAACAAAAAACCUCCGUGAUACCAGCGACUGUACCUCUGUGCGUUUUGGGUGAUGUCCAGCUACGUUUCCUAUGUCCAGAUGAUUUGGACGAGGUACGAGCACUCUGUCAAGAUUGGUUUCCCAUCGAUUAUCCUUAUUCAUGGUAUGAAGAUAUAACAAGUUCCUCACGGUUUUAUGCACUUGCAGCUGUAUAUGGUGGAGUAAUAAUUGGACUUAUCGUUGCCGAAAUAAAGCCUUAUGCCAAACUGAACACAGAAGAUCGUGGUAUUUUAUGUUCAAGCUUAGGAAAUGAUUGUUUAGUGGGUUACAUACUUAGUUUAGGCGUCCGACGUGCGUAUAGAAGAAAUGGGAUUGCUUCAUUAUUGUUGGAACAGUUGUUAGCACACGUCACUGCUCCAGAACGGUCUUCCGUAAAAGCGGUUUUCCUGCAUGUACUGUCCAGCAAUGCACCAGCUAUUCUGUUUUAUCAGAGGUGCCAUUUUCGUUUACAUAGUUUUUUACCAUAUUAUUAUUACAUCCACGGUAAAUGUAAAGAUGGUUUUACUUAUGUCCUCUACGUUAAUGGGGGACACGCACCGCGAGGUAUCCGCGAUUGGAUGCGUCAUAUAGCCAGUGCGAUCGUUAGCCUUGGACCAUGCAGAAUACCGCGAUGGAUUUGGCAGCGUCUUCUUUGGGUCACGACAAUUCUUUCUUAUCACAGAUGAUACUUCUUGACAAAUGCCAAUGUUAAACCAAAUUAUUUUUUUUCGUUUUAUUUAAACGAAAUAAUAUACAUAGCACAAAAUCUGCCAACCUGGAUAUUAUGCCUAUUUAAGCAAUAAUAAAUUAGCUUCAUGUUGUUUACGGAUGUAAAAUUAUCAUUAAAUUUGAUUUGUUGUUAAAACGACAAUACUUAAAGAGUACCGAUUUUUAUGCAAUUCGACGCAUGUAAUAGAACAUUAUUACAUGAAUAUUCACUUUGUCAGAAGUUAUAAAAUAUUGUAAUUCUUUCACCAUGGAACAAAUGAUUUGAUAGUUUAAUAUUUAAAAGAAACAUAAAUAUUAAGAACAAAGCGUUUAACUGCCAGAGCAUUUGAUCAGUUCAAAAUAUUUAUAUUGGGAAAUCUUUACAAGUACAAUAUCUGCAUGUUAAUAGGAUUUUUAUUUUCUUGACUAUAAAGUAUUCAGGAAACAUCAAACGACAAAACUUGUUACUGAAUAACAUGAAACAUUGGUGACGGGUCUAAAUUUAUAAAAAUUUAAAGAAUACGGUUUUGAUCAUACCCAUUACAAAUGAUGAUUGGUACGAACUUUCCUAGCAUUUUAUUUGAUAUGUUUUAGUCUGAAUCCAGUGUUAUUUUUUUUGUCUUCGUAUUCUAGUCAGUCACUUGUACGAAAAUGUACUUUUAAAUACAUUUUUCUAUAACACUUCAUUUCACAUUCUUCUCUUUCAAUUAAGACGUCUGUUGUCCAAUUUACAUUACAUGCUCAAUCUAUUCUUUUUCGUUCAUCUUUCCUUUGUUUCUUAAUUAAAAGUGAAGUUCUGGGGCCAUCUCACCCGUCACCAGUUUGAAAAUCACCAGAGGCCUGUGAGCUCCUCAAAUUCAACGUCUAAUUGAAAGUGUAACACUGAUCAUGAUGGUAGUUGAUACAUAGUUGGUGCUGAGACUGGUAUCAUUUUUACUCAGCCUUUUUGUUAUUAGUAAAGAAAAGGCAACCAUUUUUUCUAAUGCUUCAGUGAAGCGAUCAUUUUUCAUGUAGAUUAUGUAUCAUGUACAAAAGCUUCCUGCUAUAUAUCUUCAUCUUCCCUCUGAAAAAUCAUUUGUUAAUCUUUCAUGUAUAUUGACUAAUUUCUAAUAUCUUUCAGUACGCAUCAAUUUGCGGGAAUUUGUUAGAGAAGAAGUAGAAGUAUAAUUUUAAGGAAUAAUUUUGCAGUAGUGUCUGUGUAACUAACUUCAAACUCUUUUCUAAAUUGCCA